AUGGAUUUUAGUUCUCUAAAUCCAUUGACAUCAAAUGCAUUAAAUUUGGCUGCAAGAGCCAAUGACAUACAGGUUGUUAAAAGAUUGCUUAAAAAAAUCAAUCCAAACUGUAUCGACAAUAGAGGAUGGACUUGCUUACAUGAAGCAGCUGCUGCAGAUAGUUAUGAAAGCUUAUUACUUAUUUUGGAACAUCCUGACUGCCGUCAAUUAGCUGAGGAUCAUGAAGGCUGUACAGCACUGCAAGUUGCUUGUAGCCAUACAGCAUCUAUUAAGACUAUAAAAGCACUCUUAGAAAGUGUUUCAGAUAUUGCAAACUAUGGAAACACUGAAAACAUUACACCAUUACACAUUGUUAGUAGUCAAGGCAGAUUGGAUGUUAUGCAGUUAUUGAUUGACCAUGGUGCAAUGAUUAAUGUGCAGGAUUUUGAUGGUCACACUGCAUUACAUGAUGCUGCCUUAGCCAUGCAAGCGUCAGCACUAAAUAUUUUGUUAUUUGCUGGAGCUGACCCUGAAAUACUCAAUGAAUCUAAUUUUACAGCAUUUCAUUUUGCAUGUUAUAAAGGGUGCUUAGAGUCUGUUAAAGCAUUGCACCCAUUUGUUAGCAAUAUAGACCAAGUGACAGUAAGCGGAGAUAGUCCAUUAAUGUUAGCUACAAUGGGAAAUUGUGAAAAUGUAGUUCAAUUCUUAUUAGAAAAUGGCGCUGAUCCUCAUGUAAAAGAUGUAGAAGGUGAUAUGGCACUAAACAUUGCCUUAAAAAGUGGGCACAGUUCUAUAUUUAAAAGGCUUUUGUUUGUUACUGACAAAGAGAAAAUAAAUCGUGAUAUUAUUUUAUAUGCCUGUAAGCCACAUUACUUUCAUCUGGAAAUACUUGAAAGUCUUUUAGUUCAUGACUUAGGACCAGAAUUCUAUGAUUUAGUAGAGCCAUUCCAUGUAACAUUAGAGAAAAUAGGAGACUUAAGGCCUACAUACCUGACAAGUGCCCCACUUAACUCAUUUCUAAAUAUAUGUGAAUAUAUUUAUAAUCAAUCUCUGGAAAAAUUUGAAGAAUUCUUCUGUUUAUUCCUUGCACGAGGAGUCUCUGUUGAUGCAUUAAAUGUAAAUGAAUGUCCGCCACUUGUGUAUAUACAUUAUUCAACACACUCGGGUUCUUUUCAGGAGAUAUUCAAAGUACUCUGUGAUCAUGGAUGUAAUAUAGAUUACUGUACUACAACAUCUGCUUCAAGCAAGGCAUUGUGUAUUCCUGACGCAUUUGUUGCAUCCUUGACUUCAAAUCCCAGUACUAUGCCAUUAAUGCUGUCAUAUAGUUUGAGCUGUGAGCCAGAAUUGCUUCUACAAUUUGCUUAUGAAAAUAAUUUAUUGGCAAGAAUACCAGUACAGGUUCAAGAGUACUUACUAUUACAAAUAGGUGUUGACCUCGAAAGAACUACAGUUGAAACACUAUCACAUACUGUCUUGCCAUUAAAACAUUUAUGCCGAGUAAGGAUUCGAGAAGUUUUAAGAAGCAAUAUGAUUGGGAUGCAGACUUCUAAGUAUUUUCUUAAUAUUCUCAGUAAAUUAAAAAUACCUAGUGUUAUAAAAGAUUACAUACGUUAUAUAUAA